AUGUCUGGAUCUCCUAUAUCAAAACCCUCGGAGCCAUCCGCAGAGAUCAAGCCUCGGGGAUAUCCUUCAUCUCCCGUAGCCACGGCUGAGCGGUCUAUUCUGCCUGCGUUGGAGCUAUCGCAAGGACCGGUGAAUGAGCCACUGCCGCGACUGGGAUAUAAUGAACGGGGACCGGUAUAUGCUAGAUCUCCCCCGGGAGGACCAUGUCCACUCCCAUUAGACCCAACGCAUCCCACAGGUCGGUCACUGGUACAGAAAUCAACCCGACGUACAAAAGCACAUGUGGCAUCGGCAUGCGUGAAUUGCAAGAAAAAGCACCUUGGAUGCGACCCGGCUCGUCCAUGUCGAAGAUGUGUGCUCGCUGGAAAAGCCGUAAGUGACAAAUUCCCUUGA